AUGACGCAGGCCAGGACAGUGUGGCACCAGCACUCACACCUGCUGUCGGCGCACCUGGGGCGAGUGACGUUCACACGGGACGAGAAAUGGAAGUAUAGGUCAUCAGAUAGUCCCCUUCAGACCGAGUCCAAGGCGACCCUCUGGCUCUCCAAGCAUGCAGCAGAACUGAUUAAAACAGUGGCAUCUCGCUAUGAUGAAUAUGUCAGUGUGAAGGAUUUUUCUGACAAAAUCAACCGUGCCCUUACUGCAGCAAAGAAGGAUAAUGACUUCAUUUAUCAUGAUCGUGUUCCAGACCUUAAAGAUCUAGAUCCUAUUGGCAAAGCUACAUUUGUGAAAUCCACUCCAGUCAAUGUCCCCAUCAGCCAGAAAUUCACUGAUCUAUUUGAGAAGAUGAUUCCUGUGUCAGUACAGCAGUCUUUGGCUGCCUAUAAUCAAAGGAAGGCUGACUUGGUUAACAGAUCAAUUGCUCAAAUGAGAGAAGCCACCACAUUGGCAAAUGGGGUGUUAGCAUCACUUAAUCUUCCAGCAGCAAUUGAAGAUGUGUCUGGAGAUACAGUACCUCAGUCUAUAUUGACUAAGUCCAUGUCUGUGAUUGAACAGGGAGGCAUUCAGACUGUUGAUCAGUUGAUCAAAGAGCUACCUGAACUACUACAAAGAAAUAGAGAAAUCCUAGAUGAGUCGUUAAGAUUGUUGGAUGAAGAAGAAGCAACUGACAAUGAUUUAAGAGCAAAAUUCAAGGAACGCUGGCAAAGGACACCAUCCAAUGAACUGUACAAGCCUUUGAGAGCAGAGGGAGCCAACUUCAGAACAGUUUUGGACAAGGCCGUGCAAGCAGAUGGACGAGUGAAAGAACGUUAUCAGUCUCACCGUGACACCAUUGCACUUCUAUGUAAGCCAGAGCCUGAGCUGAAUGCCACUAUCCCUUCUGCUAACCCAGCAAAGACCAUGCAGGGCAGUGAGGUUGUAAAUGUCUUAAAAUCCUUAUUGACAAAUCUUGAUGAAGUAAAGAAGGAAAGAGAGUGUCUGGAGAAUGACAUGAAAUCAGUGAAUUUUGACAUGACAAGCAAAUUUUUGGCUGCUCUAGCUCAAGAAGGUGUGAUAAAUGAAGAAGCUCUUUCUGUUACUGAACUGGAUUGAAUCUAUGGAGGUCUUACAACUAAGGUCCAAGAAUCUCUUAAGAAACAGGAGGGACUUCUUAAAAAUAUUCAGGUCUCACACCAGGAAUUUUCAAAAAUGAAACAGUCUAACAAUGAAGCUAACUUAGAAGUUUUGAAGAACUUAGCUACUGCAUAUGACAACUUUGUUGAACUUGUAGCUAAUUUGAAGGAGGGCACAAAGUUUUACAAUGAGCUGACUGAAAUCCUGGUCAGGUUCCAGAACAAAUGCAGUGAUAUAGUGUUUGCACGGAAGAUGGAAAGAGAUGAACUCUUAAAGGACUUGCAACAAAGCAUUGCCAGAGAACCUAGUGCUCCUUUAAUUCCUACACCUGCAUAUCAGUCUUCUCCAGCAGGGGGACAUGCGCCAACUCCUCCAACUCCAGCACCAAGAACCAUGCCACCUACUAAACCCCAGCCCCCGGCCCGGCCUCCGCCUCCUGUGCUUCCAGCAAACCGAGCUCCUUCUGCUACUACUCCAGCUCCAGUGGGGACUGGCACUGCUGUUUCAGCGCCAUCACAAACCCCUGGUUCAGUUCCUCCUCCACAGGCCCAGGGACCUCCCUAUUCAACCUAUCCAGGAUAUCCCGGGUACUGCCAAAUGCCCAUGCCCAUGGGCUGUAAUCCUUACGCAUACGGCCAGUAUAACAUGCCAUAUCCACCAGUCUAUCACCAGAGCCCUGGACAGGCUCCCUAUCCGGGACCCCAGCAGCCUUCAUACCCCUACCCUCAGCCCCCACAGCAGCCUUACUACCCACAGCAGUAAUCUGUCUGCCCAGAAGCUCAGCUGGUUCAGUUCAAAGAGAAAGAAAUACCAACCCUGCAAUAAGUGUAUUAAACUCUGUGCUCUGGUUAUAUAACGUACUCUCCUGUACUGAAUGCAGUGUAUAAUUUCUGUCUGUGGCUAAAAGUUAAAAGCCAUGCCCCAGUUCCAUAUUUGAUUGCACAUGUGAGAAUUGCUGCUGUUGCAGUAUAAAAACUAGGUAUAAUAGGAUUUGAAAUAAAUUAUACUACAGUUCAUAAAAGUUGAAAACAAGAAAUUAAACCCACAAGUGGAAUGUUUGAAACCAUUAUACUUUUAAUAGAUGUGGUUGGGAUAUCAGAUACUUAUAAUGAUGGUUUAAUUACUGAUAUUCAAGAAAACUAAGGUUUUUUUUUCCUCUUAUGGUUUAUUGAUUUGGUUUAAUUUCCAUUAUACUAUUUUACAUAAUCAAGGCAUUGUAAAUCUUAUAAUUUAAAAAUAAAUUAAUUAAGAACAGUUGUCAUUGUUAUGUUUUGUCAUUGAUUCUCAUUACUUUCUAAUUUCUUUCUAGUAUUAGCCUCUCAUUUUAUAUGUACAUAAGUUAAAUGGAUACUGUGAUUAAGUGCAUGAGUAGUGCAAGUUUUAAUAGUCAAGUUCAAGGUCAUCUUAUAGGAAAACCAAACAAAUAACAAUAAUUUAUCUUUCAUAUGCUGAUUAGUAAAUUACUUUUAACAUUUCUUUUAAAAAGUCCUAUAAUGUGGAAGAAACAAUUGCUACCAAAGAUUCUUGAAAUAAAUAUACAAAUUAGUAUGUAUAUUUAAUGUUUUUUGUUAGCUUCUCUAAGAUAUUGAUAUAAAUUCUGGUAAUAAUUUUUUCAGUUUUUGUGUUUUUUUCUUAUAACCUGGUUAAAAUAAAUACCUGUCAUUGACAAUACUGUCUAAUGUGAUGAAAUUGUUUGAAGAAAAUUUAGCUAUAUCCUUUUAUUCCUUUCUUCCACCUAAUUGUCUUAACUUACUAAUAUUUAAUGCACAAUAUAUAUGAGUAGAUUUAAGCCCUUUCAUUUUUAUGCUAUAAAAAAUUGUACUAUUUUAUAAUUCAGGGAGCACUCAGUCAAAACAAUUGUUGGGAGCAUAUGCUGAUUCUGGAAUAGGCUGUGCAUUUAACAUUAAUUGCUGCUGUUAGGAUAUCUAAUCACUGUGUAAACCUCAAUAAAAAUAGUGAUGAUAUGCAUCAUGGAAUGAGAAAAUGAGAAAGGGGUGAAUUGUUUAACAUCACAGUGGGAUCUAUUCUGUGUGAGGAUCAUUUGUGAACACAUUAGGAGUAUGAGCAGAUUUCCAGUGAUUCUAUUUAUGUUGAUUUUUUGAGUUUUAAUGCUUACUUUAUUGCAUUAUUGUUUAGUUUAAAUGACACUGUCACUUGGUUCACUGUUUUCAUUGACAGUUGGGUUUGUAUUUUAAAUGUUAGACCGAAGGUAUGAUUGUAAAAGGGAAUGAAUUGGUUUAAAAAUAUAUGUAUAUUUUUAAAAAUCUUAUUUUGUUGUUGUAUGUAGAAAACUUGAAGGCAUGUUACUCCAUUAUAAAAGACCUUUGAUAACGUGCAAUACUGAAGUUGAUUUAAACUUGGCAAAAAAUGUUUUACACGUCAUUGCCAAGUUUUAAUGUGAAUUCAUCAAAGUAUGACAUGGGCUUGUUUAAUUCUUGUGUAAAUGGUAUUUGAAUUCUACGUUCUUAUUGCUCAAGAUACCACAUAAGACAUUCAAGGAGAGUUUGGGGUAUUUCAAAUUGUUAGUUUAUAAUUCUUACUGAUGCAGAAAACAACAACAAAAACAACAAAAAAACUGGCCUGAAUAUUCUCUUGGGGAAAGUGGGCACUGAAGAAAAGGAAAUGCAUCAGAAGGCCAAAGGAGAAAUUGUAAGACCACUUAGCCCAUUUCCUGUCCUGCUAGGCCUGCUCUUGAGAGCCAUGGGAAGAUUGCUCAGAAACUCUAGGGAAGGAGGCUGUGGCAGCCUCUUCUGCACACUUAACUUGCUCAACUCUGUUAUUAGCAAAACCUUUUUUUAAUGCAGUAUCCCAGACCUUUUGCCUAUUGUCAGUUCACUCGUCCCUUAAAUAGUUGAGGAUGUUUUCUUUUGGUGGCCUGUGUCUAAGUACAAAUAACCAAGUUUCUGCAGCCUUUCAUUGCUAGGGCCUAUCUCCAUAGGCCUGUCUAGUUUUUAAAAGAUGGUUUAUGGAAAGGAGCAUCCCUUAUAUCUAUUUUACAUUCUAAUAAAGGAGAAGG